AGCCCAAAGAAAUUAAUGUAUCUUUGCAAACACAAGAACAGGAAUUUUGUUUUGUUUUUAUGAUCCUAACUGCGAGACAAUCUGAACCAUGAGCUAAAACGCAGAUUUUGUUUUUAGUUAAGAAAAAAAUUCCCACGGCGUUUCAGCUUUAAGAGAAGCUGAGAUUUGCAGAAAUACAACAAGGGUUGAUAGCACUGCAGAGAGACGGGAGUGUGUGGGUGAGGUGGAGGCGACCUCCUGCUUUACACAGCGCAGCAGUGCAGAGAGAGAGAGCACGGGGGAGAGAUCGCCUCCUGUAGCUCUGCACAGAGCUACUGGAGUCCUCCCAUGCCACAGCUCUGAAGAGAGAGAGACUCGGAGAGAUCGCCUGCUUUGAGAGUGGAGUCCUCCUGUACUACAGCGUGCACUGAGAACAGAGGGAGAGCAAGACUGAAGACACAUCGCCUGCCUUACAGCGUACAGCGAUGUACAGAGAGAGGGAGAUCGUCCACUUCAAAGUGCGCUAAGCCGUGCACACAGCGAGGGAGACACCGGUAUCCUGUGCUUUCGUUUUUCAACAUGCCGAGCGAGAGCCAGACUGAGAGGAAUCGCCUGCUUUAGAGUGUGCAGCUGUACACACAGAGACUGCAGUCCUGUAUUACAGCAGGCACACAUACACAGAAAGAGACCCAGACAUCUUUACAGCGGACAGCCGUGUUCAGACAGCGAGACAGGGGUGAGAUCGCCUGCUUUAAAGUACUCACGGAGAAAGAAGGGUCCUCCUGUAUUAACAGCGUGCACAAAGUGACAGGGAACAAGACUCAGAGAGACUGCCUGCUCUAAAGUGUACAGCUCUACACGCACACAGAGAGAGGGGCAAGAGACCUCCAGACUGCACACACACACACACACACACAUGCUGUAGAGUGUGCAGAGAGAGAGAGAAACUCAGAUCUCUGCUGCCCAGCGUGUUUGCCAGCUUGUCCCCGGUGACCAUGCAGUGUCCUGGCACAGUGCCAUGCUGACCAGCCAGUUUCUGUCUCUGGUUCUGCUCGCCAGCACCAGGCUGCCUGGGUUACUGGGCUGGAGCGGAGAGGAGUUUUACUUCCAGCCCAACAGCACAGCGCUUAACUUCUCACUGGCUGCUCCGCUGGAGCUGGAAGGGCCCGGGGCUGGGGCUGGGGCUGGGGCCGAGGCUGUAGCCGGGCCCGGGGCUGGGGCUCCGGCACUCAGCCCUCCCUCCAGUCGCUGCAACAUCACGGUGCUCAGGCUAGUCGCUACCUCGCUGCUGGCUCGCUGGGAGAGGUCCAUGGGCUUUAAAUGCGACGUGCUCCUGUUUACCACCAACAGUCACGCCCGCUCCUUCUUCUCGGCAGCUUUCACCAGGGUCUUCCCCCCGGUCAUCAUUGACCAUGUGGGGGUCGGAGGCGGCCAGCAGGAGUUCAAGCUCUGCGUGGGCUGUGGGGCCCCCCCUCGGAGGGGACGCCUCAGCCCGACCCCCCAGGGCCAGCAGGUCAGUUUCUGCUGCCUGCACUUCAGCCUGGAGGAGCUCAGCUGGGACAAGGGCUGGAGGAUCAACCGCAAACCCAUCGAGUCCACCCUGGUGGCUUGCUUCAUGACCAUCGUCAUCAUCAUCUGGAGUGUGGCCGCCCUCAUCUGGCCUGUGCCAAUCAUCGCUGGCUUCCUGCCGAACGGCAUGGAGCAGAGGAGGGGCUGAAUGGACUGCAAAAGUGUGUUUGUGUGUGGCGGGGAGGUUGUGGGUGUGUUUGCACAGCUCCACCGCAACCGCCCCACUCUCCCCACCCCACAGGCUCCUGGAAACUGUACACCCCACCCCGCCACUCACACACGCGCACACACAACUAGUUACUUUUGGGACUCAACAGGGACAGCAGAAAUGUACGUGAAGGACCUUCAGCCCACUCACCCAAAUAUUGUGAUCCCGUUGCCCGGCACUUGGCCUUAUAUACCUUGGCUAAGGUCAUUGGAGUUAAGGCAACAAAUUGGAAGAGCCAGCCUGGUGUUGACAGUGUCGAACAGGCACAAUGAGGUUGGCUCCUCUGUGGCUGUUGGGGCUCAGGGCACUGGGGAGAAUUUGCUACUUUCAGUUUUCCACAGGUUUUCGGUAAUGAAGAGGAGUGGCUCAUUGGUCAGCCCUACUGCCUCACAGUACCAGGGACUUGGGGUUCAAUUCCAGCCUCAGACAACUGUCAGUGUAGAAUUUGCAUGUUCUCCCUGUGUCUGUAUCAGUUUCCUCUGGGUGCUCCAGAUUCCUCUGCGGUCCAAAGAUGUGCAUGUGAGGUGGAUUGGCCGUACUACAUUAGCCAUGGGAAAUGCAGGGUAAUGGGAUAGGGUCGGAGAGUGGGUCUGAGUUGGAUGUUUUUCAGAGGGUCAGCAUUGACUCAAUGGGCUGAAUGACCUGCUUUGACACUGUAGGGAUUCUAUUUAAGUAAUGUUACUGAUCACAGCAUGAUGAUUCCUUUAUCUCCAUUAUAUUUCUCCUGUAUUCCACAAACAAAUUGAAUGCUUGUCUGUUAUUUUUGGCACUUUCUACCACAAAGCAAUUGCCAGAAUAUCACAGUGACUGUACUAAUCAGGCCACUCUUAAUGAGAUCAUCUUUACCAGGAGCAGGAUAAGAAAUGGUUACCAUAGUGGAUGGGCUGCACCAUGUUAAAACCUAUGUGCUUUAGUCCCAAAGUUAUCAAUUCAUUUGUGUUGGGUGAGGGGUAAUUUUCAAGUUUUUUAAAAUGAAUAUUCAUCUAGUUUUUUUUCAUUUGAACAAAUUUGUUUGUUAAUAGUUGCCUUUCCAAUUUCAAAAUGUUCCACUGAAAUUUGUAAAUCAAUCAGCUUUGAAUGGAGCUGUUGAAGUUUGUAUAAAUUACAUUGAAAUGUAUGAUAUUUGGCAUUUUCUUUUGAUAAAGUAUUUGAAACUGUG